ACAGGCAAGGGAACCAGAGCCAGCAUUAAAGAGAGGGAGAGCACGAAACACUCAACAAGAUAACAGGAGAUACGCGUGGGAACAGCAGCCCACUGGAAAAAAGCAGAAGCACAGAUAGAGACAGAGGGAGUCGGCGUGUGCAGGACGAACGUGUCACAGCCUGUGGGUCUGUCUGUCUGUCUGUCUGUCUGUGUGUGUGUGAGACAGCUCGGUGUGUUUCCACGGUUCUCCCGAGGCCGUGGCAGCCAUGGCGUCAGAGCCCAGCACCCAGUCCAGGGUGAUGUUCCAGGCAGCGGACAAAACGGAGGAGCCGGCGCACCGAAAGCUGGGCAAGCUGACAGUCAAAUACAACCGCAAGGACCUGCAGAGGAGGCUGGAUAUCGAGGAGUGGAUCGACGGGCAGCUGCACCUGCUGUUUGACUGCGAGGAGGAGGAGAUCCCAGAGUUAGAAAUCGACAUAGACGAGCUCCUGGAGCUGCCAGAUGAAGGGCAGAGAACCCGGCUGCAGGAGUUGUUGCAGGAAUGUGGCAAGCCAAAAGAGGAUUUUAUCAACGGGCUGCUCUACAGGAUAAAGGGUUUACGCAAAAUGUCAGGUCCCUUGAAGAAAUAAUUAUAGGUCACAUUAAGAAUCGAGACAAUGGAGCCUCUUAUCUUCCCAUCUCCCACGCGCGAUACCAUUCGGAUGCCUGUAUGAGCGGUUCACAUGUCAGGAGGAAUCUUCUCCUGCCCUCUGCCUCCGUCCUGGGUCAGCAACACCAGAGCAGUCGAUUUUUGAAUGGAUUUUUUUUAUUAGUAUUAUUAUUAUUAUUUCAUUUUAAUUUAUGGACUGCUAUAACAUUUUGUCUCCCAUUAGCAUACCAAUAAUGUACAUGUGAUAAAAGUUGUACUGACUAUUACUCAGACGGACUGUUUUUUUGUUUUUUUUGUGUAACACUGUACAUUUUCCGUUGCCUAUUUAUGUACAUAAAUAUUUUGUUCAGAUAACAGUGUUGUCGAAAUAAAAUUCAACAUUUUCAAAACAA